GGCUGCACCUGAGGGCGGAGGUCAACCGUGCUCUUCCGUCUCCAUCACUUUCGGCCGUGGCACGACGCGACGAUGCAGCGGGGCCUGGUUCACCUGAGCUGCUUCAUACUCGGGCUGCUUUUCGCACCGGCGUCUGCGGAUUUGCCCAUGUGCAAAGAGUCCGACUAUCACUUUGAGUACACGGCGUGCGACGUCCUGGGCUCGCGAUGGCGGGUGGCGGUGCCCAACAAGGCCCAGACGUGCACGGGCCUCCCGGACCCCGUGAAGGGCACGCAGUGCACCUUCUCCUGCAGCGAGGGCGAGUUCCUGGACAUGCAGUCGCAGACGUGCCAGAGUUGCGCCGCCGGCACCUACUCGCUGGGCACGGGCGUGGCCUUCGACGAGUGGGACGGCCUUCCCGCCGGCUUCGUGACGCACGGCGCCGCGGUGCACGGCUGGGACGCCCGCACCGACUGCUCCAACUCCACCUGGACGCCGAGGGGCGAGUACGUGGCCUCCAACGCAGACGAGUGCACGGCGACGCUGUCGUACGCCGUGAGCCUGAAGACGCCGGGAACCGUCACCUUCGAAUACGUCUACGCCGACAGCAGCAUCUACUUUGAGUUCUUCGUUCAGAACGACCAGUGCCAGUCGACGGACUCCACCACCCGCUGGAUGAAAAUCACAGAAAAGGACUGGAGUCAGUACAAGAUGGAGCUCAACAGCGGCAACAACGUGCUGUUCUGGAGAACCACCGCGUACCUGCUGGGCGCGUCGGUGAAGCCCGUGCUGUUGAGGAACAUCGCCAUCUCCGGGGUGGCCUACACGUCAGAGUGCUUCCACUGCAAACCCGGCACCUACAGUGAGAGUCCGGGAUCCGCCCGCUGCGCCCCCUGCCCCGCAGACACCUACUCCACCAAGGGCGCAACCGUCUGCCGUCAGUGUGAAGGGGACAAAUAUUCAGAGGCCGGUUCAGGGAGCUGCAAACCGAGGCCCGCGUGUGCAAACAGUGACUAUUUCUACACCCACACCCCGUGCGACUCUGAGGGAAAGACUCAACUCAUGUACAAGUGGAUUGAACCCAAGGUCUGCAAUGAGACCAUUGAAGGAGCCGUGAACCUCCCGGCUUCGGGGGAGAAGAAAACCUGUCCACCGUGCAACCCCGGGUUCUUUGUCACAAACUCCUCCACCUGUGAACCCUGCACCGACGGCUUCUAUUCAAACGGAACAGCUUGUUCCAAGUGCCCCGUCGGUACUGAACCAGUAGUGGGCUUUGAGUACAAAUGGUGGAACAUGAUGCCGAGCAACAUGAGGAGCUUAAUCUUGAGACCCGAUGUCAGAAUCUCCAGCCACAACACGGCAUGGGAGGUGGCUGGAGAGUAUGUUUACACAACCCCAGGGGACCAGGACACGGACUACCUGAUGCUCAUCCUCAGCGUCCCCGGAUACAGCCUGCCUCAGUCCACGAGCAAAGGCGGCGAGCGGAGCGAACUGGCUCACAUCACCUUCGUCUUCGAGACCGUGUGUGCAGCGGACUGCAAGUUUUCCUUCCUGGCAGGUUACAGUGAGUGGAAUAACAAUAUAGUGGAGCAGUGGAACGGCAACAACGGGAAGCAGUCGUACUCGUAUCUGAUCCAGAGCAACCGCACCGUCACCUUCAGCUGGACGUUCCAGCGAACGGAGAGCUUCAGCAUGGACAGGAAGCACAGCGGCGACGUGGCAAAGAUCUACUCCAUCCACGUCACCAACGUGGUGGGCGGCGUGGCGUCGCAGUGCCGCCGCUGCGCCCUGAGCUCGGCCGCGGCCGAGUCCGGCUGCGUCCCCUGCCCGCCGGGACACUACAUGGUCGACGGGACGGGAGAGUGCGGCCGCUGCCCUCCAAAUACCAUCAUCAGGGCCCAGUAUCCUGUGGGAACGGCUGCUUGUGUUCAGUGUGGACCGAACACACACAGAAACCAGGCCUACUCGGCUUGUCUCAGUGACUGCACGCUGGCUGUAGAGACGAGAGGACGAGCUCUGAGCUACGACUUCUCCGCCUUGGCCAACGUCACCAGCUUCCACAGCAGCCCCCGCUUCACCAGCAAAGGCCUCCGGUAUUUCCAGCUCUUCAACGUGGCUCUGUGCGGGAAAGAGGGCCGCGUUCCAGCCGCGUGCGUGGACAACGUGACGGAGAGUGGGAGGAAUGUGAGCGGCUACGUCUGUCAGUCCACCGUGGUUCCCUCUGAACUCAGGACUCAGAGCGUCUUGUCCUCUCAGCCCUUCCUCAUCGCUGACUCACUCAUUGGCGUGACCACUGACACGGCCCUGGGAGGCAUCUCUUCUCCUGCCUGGCUGUUUCCUGCAGCCUCCGGCCUGCCAGACGUCAUAUUCUAUUACAAAUCCAGUGAGACGACUCAGGCAUGUAAGCAGGGCAGGUCAGCCACCAUCAGGCUGAGGUGCAGUCCCACAGUGACGGCUAAUGACCGCAUCACCAUGCCGAGUAACUGCUCAGAGGGGACGUGUGACGGUUGUAGCUUUCACUUCCUGUGGCAGAGCCAGCACGCGUGUCCACUCUGCACCAAGAGCCACUACAAGGAGAUCACCAGCGCUUGUGUCCAGGGAAUACAGAGGACCACAUAUGUGUGGCAGCAGCCGUUGCAGUGUCACGGAGGAGAGACUCUACCGACACAAAAAGUCAGCGCUUGUGUGACUCUGGAUUUCUGGCUGAAGUUCGGCGUUUCCACGGGAACCAUCGCUGCUGUGCUACUUGUUGGUAUCAUCUGCUAUUUCUGGAAGAAGACUCGGAAGCUGCAGUAUAAGUACUCUAAGCUGAAGAUGACUGCUGGGGGUAAAGAGUGCGAGCUGCCCACUGCAGACAGCUGUGCGAUAAUGGAGGGGGAGGAUGCAGAGGACGAACUCAUGGACCUCACCAAGAAACCCUUCUUUGCCAAAAUUCGGUCCUUCUCACGGGAGAGGUCCUCGGAUGGAUUUGACUCCGUUCCACUUAAGUCUUCAUCAUCACUCCAUCAGAGAGAGGAAGAAGACUCAGAUGAUGCUUAAACCAGAAGAUGAACAGACGCUUCAGCCAAGAUGCAGAAAUUUAGAUAUUUUAAAAUCAGCUCAGUUUCAACAAAUGUACUAAUAGGUAUAUGCAUUUAUUUACUUUUAUUAGUAUUAUUUGUCAUACAUUAGGUUUGCUAACCUAAUACUACAUUACAAGGUCUCCAUAUUGGGGAUAUUGUGUAUUUUCAAAGUUUUCAGUUUGUCUGUAGAAAUAAUCUUAAACCUAAACUGUGGCUCACAUUUACAAAAGUUACAUUUUUGUAGAGGGUAAUGUUACUUUGUUUUGUUGAUGUAUGAGACUUUAGAUAAAAAAAAAAUAUAUAUAUAGUUGCUAAAAUUUUCUGCUGCAUCUAAGAAGCUAUAGGCUUGUUUUCUGGUGCAGUAAUGACCUUAUUUUCAAUAAAACAAAAUGUACGAAUCUUCAGGAAUGAAGAAUGACUUUUAAUGCUGCCUUCAGGUUUUCUAUGUAAGCUAAUACCGUAAAGCAGGAUAUUACUUAAUGUGUUUCUUUUACUUUCAGUUAUUUUAUUAUAAUACAUAAUUUUCAGGAGUUUUAUAGUAAUAAAAGGUAUUUUAUGGUUGGAAUAAGAACCUAAAACCAACAUAUGGUUUACAUGGAUGUACAUGGAUCAAGAAUUUAAUGGAAUAAUUUGUCACCACAUUAAGAGCAGAAGUAAAACUUAAAAAAAAUAAAAUAAAAAAAAGUUAAACUGUAUAUAUUUACUACAGCUGGUUUAAACAUCAAUCAUAAAUGUAUGUCAUAGUAGUCUUUGUAUUAUAGGAUAGAUUUGCAUCUGUAAGAAGUACUUGUUAACUAAAACUGAAAUAAAAGUUGAUCUCUAAAAAUAGAAAUAACAAUGUAGUGAUGGACUGUUUCAUAUAAUAAAUCGGUACUGGA